UUGAAAAAGAUGGGAAGGUUUGGUUUCUAUGGGGCAUUACUCUUCAUUCUUGGCCUGGUUUUAGCCAGCAGCAUUGGCUCUGCCCAUGCUCAAUUGAAGAUGGGUUUCUACUCCAAGAGCUGCCCAAAAGCAGAGAAGAUAGUGCAGGACUAUGUCAAUAAACACAUCCCCAAUGUUCCUUCUCUGGCUGCUACUUUCAUCAGGAUGCACUUCCAUGACUGCUUCGUCAGGGGCUGUGAUGCAUCGAUCCUUCUGAACACGACUUCAGGGGAGCAAACUGAGAGGCAGUCCCCGCCGAAUCUUUCGCUCCGAGGGUUCGACUUCAUCGACAGGGUGAAGAGCCUGGUGGAAGCUGCGUGCCCUGGAGUUGUGUCAUGUGCUGAUGUCCUCACUUUGGUCACCAGGGACUCCAUUGUUGCCACCGGAGGUCCUUCUUGGAAAGUACCCACUGGUCGAAGAGACGGCUUGAUCUCCCGAUCAUCAGAGGCACUCAACAACCUUCCUCCUCCAUUCGCCAACAUUAACACUCUCAGAACUAUGUUCGCCAGCCAAGGACUCGAUUUGACAGACCUCGUACUGCUUUCUGGUGCUCACACCAUUGGCGUCGCUCACUGCUCGUCCUUCACCAACCGUCUCUACAACUUCACCGGCAGGGGAGACGAGGAUCCAGCUCUGGACAGAAACUACGCGGCCAAUCUGAAGGCGAGGAAGUGUCGAAGCAUCAGCGACACCACGACGAAAGUGGAGAUGGACCCUGGAAGCAGGAACACGUUCGACCUUGGCUACUACAACCUCCUGUUGAAGAAGAGAGGGCUGUUCGAGUCGGAUGCUGCCCUGACUUCCAACUCUGCUUCACUGCGAGAGGUCAAUAAGAUUGUCAAGGGCUCUGUGAAGGAUUACUUUGCUAGGUUUGGCAAGUCCAUGGAGAAAAUGGGUCGCAUUGGUGUCAAAACUGGCUCCGUUGGUGAAAUCAGGAAGCAGUGUGGUCUUGUCAAUAGCUAA